AUUUGUCCCUGCGAAAACUCCAGAAGGACUGAACAUGGACCCUCUGCUCGACUUUAUACUGACCCAUGAGGAAGCUUUUAGAAGUCGCGGCAGGCUCGCCUCCCUGUACUCUGACUUCCAUACCCAGCUUGAGACGAAUGCGGACGGAUACCACGCAAAUAUCAAUGCGUGGAAGAGAGCGCUUGCAAAUGCUGCGCGCACGGGCGCGAUUCCGGCGCAGGGAAAUGGCCGCGAUCUAUUGAACAUCAGGACGGGCGAAGAGCUGGCACGAGCGUUACAACAUAGGGAGUUUGGAAAACCAAUGUGCUUAAAAGCUGUGUUUCACGAUGCUGUGACAAAGAAGGAGAUGAUUCCGCUAAAGGAUUUCAACCACGCACAGACGAGUAUCUACAAUUCAUCGUGGGUACCUUCUCCAUGGGUUAUGUUCCAGUGGGGUUUACGGCAGCUGGGAGUCCUUGGGCAACCGGGUUUCGGCGAUAAACUGGACGUUGGGAACUUUGUUGUCUUGACGAAUGUCGAAAUUGCUGCCGACAAGAUUCUUCAACAGAUAUCCUCGCACAAGUUCUCCGUCGACCUCAUCAUGUCGAGAUCAGAGUUCCAACGCCAAUUCGCCGACGUGCUAGAUCCGACGGCUUCCCUGACCCAGAACGAUCUAAGCAUACUCCUCACAUUUUUGAGUCGAGAUAGACGGGCAAUAUCCUAUGAUGGUCAGACGAUAAAGUUCAAGUCGACCAAUGCUGCGGCGCCGGAACCGAUUUCACAGGAAGACAUCGCCAUCGCGAAUUUGCGAGACACGCUCAAAAAGAUCAGAGCGCAGAUUGCCUCUCUAUCAGAGGAGGUUGCCAAGAACGAUGUGGCUGCACGAGAAGCCGUGAAGUCCAAACAGAUGAUCCGUGCCAAAGCCUCGCUCCGUUCGAAGAAGACAGUGGAAUCUGUGCUCACCCAACGUAUGGACAUUGCGCAUCAGCUCGAGGGUGUCUUCUUGCAGUUGCAACAGGCAGCGGACCACGUUGAGGUUGUCGAGGCAAUGAAGUCUAGCGCUGUGGCACUCAAAGGGCUCAACCAGAAGGUCGGGGGUGCAGAGGGCGUGUCAGGGGUUGUUGAAGCCCUACAGGAAGAAAUGGCCACUGCAGACGACAUCUCGAACAUCAUCAAUGAGCCUGGAAAGCCAAUCGACGAGACGGAAGUCGAUGAGGAGUUUGCAGCUCUCGAGGAGGCGGAGAAGGAGAAACGGGAGCAAGAAGAAGCGGCGAAGACGGCAGCCAGAAUUGCGGAGCUGGAGCAAGUGGAAAAAGAGAGGUUGGCAAAAGAAGCUUCAAAGAGAGUAGAGAAGGAGAAGCCAGAGGAACAAGGGUUAAAGGAGGCGGAGAGAGAGAUGCAGGAGAAGGAACCCGUAGAGAAGACGGAGGAGGACGUUGAGCAAACAUGUCUGAGUUUCUCUGGUCUGUCAUUUUUGAAGGAACAGUCAAACCCCCAUGGUGCCAAGGAGGACGAGAAAGAAGAGCGAGUUCCCGUACCAGCAUGAUUUAUUUGAAGUUCGUCUUGAUCACUUGAUAUCUUUCUAGACAGAAUCUUGGGUAGCGUGC